CUGCGUGGCUCGCCCCCGCCCCCCAUUCUUCCCUGGGAAAGUAUAGAUUUUCACGAACACAGGGAGUUCUGUUUUCUCUGUUAAAAACAACUCUCCUUUACUGGGGCAGGCUUUGUGUUUCACCCAAGGAAACAGAGCAUUGCACUGGGAGGUAACUCCGCUGGGUGAGGUGCAGCCUGUCACCUGACCGGUCUCUGGGGCUGCCGGUGGCAUCAGGCUGCAUUCCUUGAAUUCUUCCACCCGGCACCGGCUCCGCAAUGAACAACUUCAGGUUCACUGAGCUGAGCGGAUUCCACUCGCUGUGCCCUCGGAGCCUGCCUGAAUCUCCCGCCCAGCCUCAAACCAUGCAGCUGAGUAACUGCAAGGGCGCCUUUGAGGAGUAGCACGCAGAGAGUGUCAAUGAAGACCUCAAAGUCUGGAGAAAAAUGAUCUUUCAUGGAAUAAGAAGUAUACCUCCUGCUACAUGUUUUUGUCUUACUGACCUCUGAUACCUGAAACACAUGGCUCUGGGUCUGUAGAAAGUCAACUGAUCAAACUCCUCCUCACCAUGCAUCAACUGUUCAGACUGGUUUUGGGACAAAAAGAUCUUUCACGAGCUGGGGACCUCUUCUCCUUAGAUGACUCUGAGAUUGAAGACAGCCUGACAGAAGCUUUGGAGCAAAUUAAGAUAAUUAGCUCAUCCUCAGAUUACCAAACCAAUAACAAUGACCAGGCAGUAGUUGAAAUCUGUAUCACAAGAAUCACAACAGCCAUCAGAGAGACUGAAUCUAUUGAAAAGCAUGCAAAGGCCCUUGUGGGGCUCUGGGACUCCUGCUUGGAACAUAACCUGAGACCCUUCGGGAAAGAUGAAGACACUCCUCAUGCAAAAAUUGCAUCUGAUAUCAUGAGUUGCAUUUUACAGAAUUACAACCGACCCCCAGUGAUGGCAUUAGCCAUCCCCAUUGCAGUGAAAUUCCUCCACAGAGGCAACAAGGAACUGUGUAGGAAUAUGUCUAACUACCUGUCUCUGGCUGCAAUUACCAAGGCAGAUCUCCUGGCUGAUCACACGGAAGUUAUAGUAAAGAGCAUACUCCAAGGUAACACCAUGUUGUUGAGAGUGUUACCUGCUGUGUAUGAAAAGCAGCCUCAGCCAAUUAAUAGAUACCUGACAGAACUCCUGGCCUUGAUGUCUCAGCUGGAACAGCCAGAACAGUACCAUCUACUACGGCUUUUGCAUGUAGCAGCAAAGAAAAAACAACUCGAGGUAGUUCAGAAGUGUAUUCCUUUCCUAAUUGGGCAUUUGAAGGAUUCAACCCAUAAUGACAUCAUCCUAAACAUCCUAAUAGAGAUAGCAGGCUAUGAGCCAGUGGCUUUGAAUGGUUUUCUUCCAAUGCUGAAAGAGAUCGGUGAGAGAUUCCCCUACCUCAUUGGACAGAUGGCAAGGAUUUAUGGAGCUGUUGGGCAUGUGGAUGAAAAAGCAAUUAAGGCAGUUCACAAGAAAAUCACAGUUGCUGCGAAACCAAAAAAGAAAAAAGAAAAGAAAAAAAAGAAAAAAGAAAAGAAAAAAAAGAAAAUUAACUCAAGGAAAAAUCCUUGAACUAAAAAAGGGAGUGUUGGAAGGAUUGGUGGGUAAGGUACCAGAGAAAUUAUUACUAUAUCAAAGUUUCCUUAGCUAAGGAAAUCACCAACCCAAGGCAAGGUUUACACUUUUGCAAAAUGCAUUUUUCCAUUUCAUUCUUCCCUAUAAGUAAUGAAAUAGUGCCCAAAUCUUUCUGUCUAACCUGUAUUUUGGGUGUUACAUCUCAACUACCAUGAAUAAAGCAUCCUGGCUAUUUGUUUUGAAACUAAGGAGGUGCAAAGAAAAAUAGGCACCUUGCAUCUAAUUAUCUAAUGAGUAAAUUAUGUCAUGUAAUGAGUAAAUUAUGGGAAGUUCAAUUGUAACUGAUGUAUAGUUCAACUGAGUUAAAUCUUACCAUAUUGUUCCUUUUCCUAAUGAGCUAAAAGCAUAUACUUUUUUCCUGGCAAAAAGUUCAAAUACAAUCAGCCUCUCCUUUUAUUUCUCUUUUCUUUCUUUUUGGACCCAUAAUAGGCAUCAUUCUUCAAAAUGAUUUCCAUGAUUGGGCCAGAAGGCCUGUGGUUACUUUUCUCUUUCACUCAGAGAUUGCACCUCAUUUACUAAACAGAUAUUGUGUAAUUAAAGAUGGGCUACUUCUUUGAGUUCUCUAGAAAUGUUUCAAUUCUAAAGUCCCCAAUGGUCUUUCAAAAAGUUUGUUUAAUUGAAGCAAAAGAAAUAGUGGAGCCAUUGUUCAGGAUAAUCAAUGAGAGGUCAUUUACAUGAGGGGACUAUGGCAUGGUGGGAGAGGAAAAUGUGGCUCAGUAUAAUUCAUUCUGGGUCCCUUGAGCCCACACAAAAGAUUUACCUUUAAGAGUUUAAGUUCCCAAGCCCCUAGUUUUUAGAGAGUAAAUCCAAACUAUAGAACCUCUAAAUCUUUUAUCAAUUCAUAAAAUAAUACUAUGUUUGAAGCUAAAAUUAGACAGACUUCCAUAAGCUUUAGGAUUCUGUAAUUAUUUGGGGGUCAAUGCAACAACAACAAAAAAAUGCUGAAAAAUAAACUCUUAGCACAAAUAGAGGGAGAUUUGGGUUUUUAAACACAGACAUGGCCACAUUGAAUGCUAUUUGGGGAAAAAUAAUUUGAAAUUGAAAAAAACGUAUUUGACAACAGACCAUGUCAAGUUUUCUGCCCUUUAAAAAAUUCAAACUAAAGACAUAAUUUAUUGUCUCAAAUAACAUAGCAUAAAGUUAAGCCACCUCUCAUAUCCUCUGAUUUCUAUUUUAAAUCCUAAGUCAAUUUCAUUCAAACAUCUUUUUGAGAAAGAUAUACUAUGUUCCACACUCAACUUUAGCCAUAAUUGUUUUAUAAUUAAAAAAUUAUACCUUGCUUUUUUUCUCAAGGGUGGGUUUACUUUAGCAUUCUGUGCCAAAUGCAUAGACCUAAACUAAAUCCAACUUAUCCUUAAUUUUUAACAUGAUAUAAAAUGUAACAUUCAUAUAAAACAAAGAAUACAUCUGUUUUCAUCAGCUGUUUCUUAACUUUUAUUACUGGGAUUUAUUUUUUAAAACUGUUUUGCCCAGACAGUUUUGUUUUCCUAAGCAUGAUUUAUUACUCUCCCAUGAGCACACAAAAAAUAUGUGUUCCUGAAUCAAAAAUAAUGAAGAAUGGAAACUUAUUCAUUUUACAAUUGACUAAACGAUCAUUUAAAAUAUGUAAAUACGUUUAAAUUCUAAUAGGGUUUUUUUCAAUCAAUGGGUACAAAAAUAUAUUCGACUACCCCAAGUUGAUAUACAGAAAAAUUGAGACACAAUCAAAAGAUAAAAGAAAGAAUUGAAGAAAGUGACUUUUGUAAUGCUAUUCUAAAAAUCAGCUCAAAGUUGGAGAAUUAUGUACGUAAGAGAGAGAUUAACAAGGUUUUUAUUUAUUUAUUUUCUCCUUUGUUCCACAAAAAAAUAUUUCAGGCAGCUUGCUUCUUGAUGUUCUGUUAAAAGAUUAUACAAGCUUUUGAAUAUGAUUAACAUUUGAUGUCUACUUUCUUGGCAAGCAUUUUACAUGUAUUUUAUGCUAAUAUUUUAAGGCUAAAAGAGCAUUUUCUUGUCUGUGUGGCAUAAUUUUUAAAGAAUGAAAUUUAUUAAUUGUAAAAAUAUCUUGAAAUUUAAAGAUUACUAGAUAGCUUGACCUUUACUGGCUUCCCUACUUCAAUAACAGCAAGUUUUUGCAGAAUUUAAAAGACUGCAACAUUUUUACUUCAGAAAUAGGAAAAGAUUGAAAAAGAUUGAGGAAUAAUUACAAAGAGAAAACGAUAUAAAUAUCUAGAUUAUCUAAAAUAAUGAGCUAAAGUUGGGUUCAGGUCACAAAGAAAAUUUUAAGUUGUAUAGUGUUUUGAUGUAAUCACAUAACUGCUUUUAAAAGAGAAAUUGGCUUUCUUGGUGAAAUGUUGAACAUAUUUCAAUUCUAAGUAAAGUAUUUUGCAGGUUACCAAAAUACUGGCUCACAUUUGCUUAUAUUGAGUUGGUUUUGGGGUGUUGGACAUUUCUAGAAUUUCCCAACUAUUAUCAAUUCUCAAGAUAAAUUAACUGGGAAAAAUUAAAGGGCUAUAUAGCUUCUAAAAUGGCUUGUUUUCAUUUUUGUGAUAAUUCAAAUAUUUCUGCAUUCAUGUUUAAGAUUUUUGAUACUUAAGUAAUAAUAACUAAUGUUGAUUUAACAUUUCUGUAUGACAGGCAAUUUUUAACUCACUUUUUUUCAACUCACUGAAUUCUCACAACCUAUGAUGGUCAAUAUUAGGUGUCAACUUGACUGGAUUGAGGGAUGCCUAGAUGGCUGGUAAAGUAUUGUUUUUGGGUGUGUUGCUCUGGCCCAUUUGUCAAGCGACCUGAAAGGCAGAUAGUUUUGAGUGGAGCCCAGACCAGAAGUCUCUGCAACAGGUCUAAGCUACUGUGCAAGCCGUAUGACCCAGCAGAUCUAGUGGUGCAUGAGGUAUCAAUAGCAGAUUGGGAUGCUGUUGGGAGCCUUUGGCAGGUCCUCAUAGGUGAAUCAUAGUGGAGCCCUUUAGGAUUCUAUCUAGAGCAAGGCCCUACCAUCUUCUGUAGAUAACUCCUUUUCUUUUUUUUUUUUUUU